AUGGCCUGGACUCCUCUGCUCCUGGCGCUCCUCUCUCACUGCACAGGGUCCCUCUCCCAGCCUGUGCUGACCCAGCCGCCCUCCCUCUCUGCCUCUCCGGGAGCCACAGCCAGACUCACCUGCACGCUGAGCAGCGGCUUCAGUGUUGGUGACUAUGCUAUACGCUGGUUCGAGCAGAAGCCAGGGAGCCCUCCCCGGUAUCUCCUGAAAUAUAAAUCAGACUCAGAUAAGUACCAGGGCUCCGGGGUCCCCAGCCGCUUCUCUGGAUCCAAAGACGCCUCGGCCAAUGCGGGGCUCCUGACCAUCUCGGGGCUGCAGGCUGAGGAUGAGGCUGAGUAUCACUGCAAUGCAGAUCUGGGCGAUGGGAACAGCAACCGUUACCCACAGUGA